AUGCUUAAGUUCCUAAAGCGAGCGGGCGAUGGGGAGGCGAGGGAGGAGGAGCAGAAGAGGAGGAGAGAGGAAGAGGUGGAAGAGAGCGAUACAUCGUCAGCAUCCUCAGGUAGACUUCCUCGCUCCUUCCUCUCCUGGAACGCCAACAGUCUGGUGAACCGAUGCAAAGAGGAGGAGAACAUGAGAGGGUUUUGUGACCUCGUCCUCAAGCUCGAGCCUGACGUCAUCGCGCUGCAAGAGGUCAGGAUGGUCGCGUCAGCUCCUCCUGGUUCCAAGCGCGGGGAUGGGAGGAAGCGCGAUCGAGGCUCUCCUCGUGACAACGAAAAGGAGUGUAAGGAGGAGCUUGAGCUGGUGGCGAGCGCGCUCAGAAAGGAGCCCCUCAGCAACUAUGUCGUUAGGUGGUCCCUCGCUGACUGGAGGUAUGCAGGAACUGCGUUGAUGAUCCGCAAAGGCAUCAGGAAACCUGUGUCGUUCCACUACAACCUGGACCUCGGGCAGGAGCACGACGAGAACGGGAGAGUCUGCAUGGCGAAGUUCGUGAAGGACGAUGGGAAGGAGCUGCUUGUGGUGAACACGUAUGCACCCAACAAUGGAUGGAAGGAGGAGAGCAACUUCGCCAAGAGGCGAGAGUGGGACACGAGGCUGCUGAGCUUCGUGAGGACAUGCAGGGAGCGGGGGAUGGAGGUCGCGUGGGUGGGGGACAUGAACGUGGCACACAAGGACUGUGAUGUCACUCAUCCGGACUUCUUCCGCGGCGAUGCGGGUCAGCCUGGCUUCACAGCCAACGAGCAGGAGAGGUUCAGCCAGGUGCUGGAGGAGGGAUCGCUGGUGGACGCCUUCCGCCUCUUGCACAGCCCUGAGGAGUUCACAUCCUCGGACGAUCCUGCAUGGACGUGGCGGGGUCAGCGCACCUGA